UUUUCAAUUCUCAAAUAACAACAACAUUUCCUAUCACUUCAUACUGUUCCUGCACGCUACUCGGUCUUCACAAAGUCCAUAAUAUUGUUGUUCUCAUAUUUAAAAAAACCAUGUUUAGUACAUGGUACAACAUUUAUGCCUGUAUUGCUCUAAUAUUUGGUAUCAUCAUAUAUGGUGCUUUACUGCUAUGUGAGAAGCUGAGAACCAUUUAUCCACUAAACUAUAUUUUAUUGUCAGUAUCGGCAUACACGAGAAUUCUCGCCGCCAUAUGUUUGUGUUUUGCAGCAACUCUG